AUGUACUUCGUUUCUUCCGCUUUCCUCCUCGGCUCAUUUGCUCUACAGAGCGUCUUGGGCCGACCAGCCCUACAAGAAAGGCAAUCUUCUCUCGAAUCCUUCAUCAAUUCCGAGAGUUCGAUUGCUAUCGAGCAACUCCUGUGCAACAUUGGUUCUGAUGGCUGUCACUCUCAGGGUGUUGCUUCCGGUGUUGUUAUUGCGUCUCCAGAUACCGAGGACCCUGACUACUUUUUCACUUGGACUAGGGAUGCUGCUCUUGUCUUUAAAUAUGUUAUAGAUAGGUUCAUCAACCAGUACGACGCUGGCCUGCAGAAAAAGAUCCAACAAUACAUUGCAUCUCAAGCCAAGCUUCAGGGAGUUUCUAACCCUUCAGGAUCCCUCUCAGACGGUUCAGGUUUAGGAGAAGCCAAGUACGAGGUUGAUCUUAGCCCCUUUACUGGUGGUUGGGGUCGACCUCAGCGAGACGGUCCAGCUCUCCGAGCUACUGCCAUCAUCACGUAUGCUAACUGGCUGAUUGAUAACGGAUACACUUCUACCGCCUCUGACAUUGUUUGGCCUGUUGUUCGCAACGAUCUUAACUAUGUAGCUCAAUACUGGAACCAAACCGGCUUUGACUUAUGGGAAGAGGUCAGGGGAAGUUCGUUCUUCACAACCGCUUCUCAGUACCGAGCUCUCAUUGAAGGCGCCGCUCUGGCCAAAAAGCUCGGAAAAUCAGGAGACACUUACACCACUAUCGCACCUCAGGCUCUUUGCUUCUUGCAGACUUACUGGAUUCCCUCUGGCAAAUAUGUUGAUUCCAACAUCAAUGUCAACGAUGGACGUACUGGAAAGGACGCCAACAGUAUUCUCACAUCCAUCCACAACUUCGACCCUGCCCUGAGCUGCGAUGCCGCUACUUUCCAACCAUGCAGCGAUAAGGCCCUCGCCAACCAUAAAGCAGUUACCGAUUCUUUCCGCUCAUGGAACAUCAACAAGGGAAUCUCCCAGGGAAGCGCCGUAUCUGUUGGAAGAUACAUCGAAGAUGUUUAUUACAACGGUAACCCUUGGUACCUUGCUACGCUCGCUGCGGCUGAACAGCUCUACGAUGCGCUUUACGUCUGGAAGCAAAAGGGAUCCAUCACUGUCAACGACGUUUCUCUUUCCUUCUUCAAGGAUCUUGUCUCUGGGAUAUCUACUGGUACUUAUGCUAGCGAUUCUACCACCUUCGAGGCCAUCACCGAUGCCGUCUCCAAGUAUGCUGAUGGAUAUGUGAGCAUUGUCCAGAAGUAUGUUGGUGACAAUGGCGCCUUAGCAGAGCAGUUUGACAAGAACAACGGACGUCCCCUUUCUGCCACAGACCUGACCUGGUCGUAUGCUGCUUUCCUCUCUGCUGCUGACCGCCGAGCCGGUAUUGUCCCUCCUUCUUGGGCGAGCGGCGCAGCUGUUGUUCCUCAGCAGUGUGGAACUCAGACCGUCGCUGGCUCGUACUCGCUCGCCACUGCAACCUCGUUCCCGCCAUCGCAGACUCCCAAGGGCGGCGUUCCAUCCCCCACGGGCACCCAGCCUACAACUUCACCUACUUCUUGUGCUAUCGCGACUUCAGUUGCUGUUACAUUCGUUGAGACGGUCACCACCAACUUCGGCGAGACCAUCAAGAUUGUUGGCAACAUCCCUGCUCUUGGUAACUGGGACACUUCGAAGGCUGUUGCUCUGAGUGCCUCUGACUACACCUCUUCCAACCCUGUGUGGAAGGCAACCAUCUCUCUUGCGACAGGACAAGAUAUCCAGUACAAGUACAUCAACGUUAAGAAGGAUGGCUCUGUCACCUGGGAGAAGGACCCCAACCGCACCUACACUGUCCCCAAGACAUGCGCUACAAAGGCCACCAAGACGGAUAAGUGGCAGUCGUAA